AUGGCAGAGAACCCUACUGAUAUUGCCCCUGUGGGCCCCCGCCUCACCCCUGAUGAAAAUGAAUUUCCCUUUGGAUACCCUACCAGUAUCUGCCAGAGGACCCCUGAGCCCAAGUACUUGUGCUGUGGUUGCCACAAUGUUCUGAAGAAGGCCCAGCAGACCCUAUGUGGCCACCGAUACUGUGCUGCCUGCCUCUCCUGGAUAGUGAGGAUCAGCAAGAACCCCAUAUGUUCAAGGUGCAAGGAAGAGAAUCCACGGUCUGUGGAAGAUGAAAGUUUCUUAUCGGAAGAGAAGGCUUUUGUUGAUGCUGCCAUUAAUAAGGAAAUCUCUGAGCUGAGUGUGCAUUGCGUGAUUUCUGGGUGUGGCUGGACUGGCCUCAUGAAGAAUUUUGAGACACAUGUAUGUGGGGGAAUCUCCUUGAAGGACCACAGUCAGACCGUGACCAAGAUCGGCACAGAAGAGAAGGAUAGUUUGGUGCCGGCUGAGGUCCAGGGUAGGUGCUCCUUUGCAGACAUUGGCUGUUCCUUUAAGCAGGGUAGCCAGGAAAUGGUGAAGGAGCAUGAGGCUUCCUCACUAAGAGAACACCUAAGGCUGCUGUUACAGCUCGUGAACCAAGUAAAGGCGCAGUCAGAUCCCAACAGAGGGAAAAGGAAAUCAGGCCUCAGUCAUACUAAGCCUAAUGUGAAUCCCCUGGAGGGAAACCUGUCCGACCUACAACUACAAGGAGCUGUGGAGGUCAAUGGUGACUUGGAGGCUGACUACUUCCAUGCCACCUCCUCUGACUCUGAGGAAGAGCUGGCCCUUCAGAGGUUCAUGAAGGAGAAGCUUCUUGCUGAGCUGGAAGAAAAGCUGCAUGUCUUUGAGAAUAUUGUGACCGUCCUGAACAAGGAGGUGGAGGCCUCCCACCUGGCCAUUGCUGCCUCUGUGCACCAGAGUGGACUGACCCAGGACCUCAUCCUGAGCUUAGAGCAGAGGGUCAUGGAUUUGCAACAGACCUUGGCCCAGAAAGACCUUGCCCUGACCAAGUUGGAGCAGAGCCUCCAUCUCCUGGAGGAGGCUUCCUAUGAUGGUGUCUACCUGUGGAAAAUCACCAACUUCACCAGGAGAUGUCAUGAGUCUGCGUGUGGAAGGAUGGUCAGUCUGUUCUCACCAGCUUUCUACACUGCCCGAUAUGGCUAUAAAUUAUGCCUUCGGAUCUACCUGAAUGGAGAUGGGACAGGAAAGGGGACACACCUUUCACUCUUUAUUGUGAUCAUGAAAGGGGAAUAUGAUGCUCUCCUGGACUGGCCUUUCCGGAAUAAGGUCACAUUCAUGUUGCUGGACCAGAACAACAGAGAGCACAUUACUGAUUCCUUUCACCCAGACCCGACUUCAGGCUCCUUCCAGAGGCCUCAGGGAGAAAGCAACGUAGCCAGUGGCCGCCCUAUGUUCUUCCCACUGAACAAACUACAGUCCCCCAAACAUGCCUAUGUGAAAGAUGAUACAGUCUUCCUCAAGUGCAUUAUAGAAACUAACUUAUUAAGCUGAGAAACAGAGGCCUAGCCAGACCUUAGAAGAAUACAAGAACAAGAAAACACAUAGAAAGAAGCUGAUGUAAAGAAUCAUUCUCACUGUUGGAAAGAACCUCAGAGGCCAUCUAGCCCUGCAGAAAUCCCUUCUUUAACAUUCCAGACAAGUGGUCAUCUGGGCUCUGCUUGAACACUUCCAGUGAUGGGGAACUCACUACCUCUAAUGGCUCAGCCCAUUCCAUUGUUGGACAGCUCUGUUACUAGGAAAUUCUUCCUUAAACCUCCUUCACAGUGACUUCCAUUUACUGCUCUUUGUUCUGUCUUCUUGAGCCACACAGAACAAGUUUACCACAUCUUAGAGAAGAAGAAGGCUUGGUCCAAGGCAAAAAGUCCAAAAACCUAGGUUCAAGGCCCCAUCACAUGACCCACCAGCUAUGUAAUCAUGGGCAAAAAAAAAUAAUUGAACUUUCUGAACCUCAAUUUACUCACUUCAGGAGUAACUCACAACUCUGCCCCCCUCCCCACAAGAACUGUUUGGCAUCCAGUGAACUGGCUACUACCCAUGGGACUAUUAGGAUGGAAGUAUUAACCCCACACCACCCUCAUCCCCAUUGUGCUGUUCAAAUUCAGAGUCUGUGUGUGCUCUUUUAAGCAAUCAGCUGUUACUUUAUGCUAGCUUGGUGUACUCUCUGUCCCUGGCCUGGUGGUCUGCUUGACUAGACAGACAGACAGACAUCUGUCUAGAUAGAUGUAGACAGAGUAAGCAUUUAUUAAGUGCUUACUGGAGAAGAGGACCAGAGAGUGAGUUAAGGUAAGAGGAAGAUGAAGCAUGGAUCCACUUGAAAUGGCAGUCCCAGGGACAAUAGGGUAGCGGAAAUGACAUUUCUCAGGAGAUAAACAGACCUGGGUUCUAGUAUCUACUUUGCCAGUAAUAGAGUUAUUGUGAAGAAAGUGCUUUGUCAAUCCUAAAGUGUUAGAGAAAUGUGAGUUUUAAUUACAGGGUCUCAAUUAGUGCAAAUAAUGAAUCCCAUGAAGUGGUCUCAUCAUUUGAAUUUGCACUGUGUAUUUCCAUUGGUCUGGAACCAAUAACCAUAUUUUAACUUUGAAAUUUGAAUAUAUGCAACUACUUCAUGGAAUUCAUCGUUUACACUCAUUGGGACCUAGCUGUACAUACAGCAGACAAUCCAUUGAUGUAGAUGGUGGCUCACAUCAUGAGGCCUGGAGUUUUGCAAGGUCCCUGGGCUAGAAGGCCCUGAUGAAGGGCAAUUGGAAAGGGGAGAAGAAAGGAUGUGGAAA